AUGGCGGCCAAGUACAAGUCGGUCACUGCUCGCGAAAAGCAACGCGUUUCCCGCUUCAGCGCCUCCAAAGCGCCGUCGACGCCGCCGCCUAGGCAGGCCGCCAAGACCAAGGCACAAACCGGACGAGCGCCCUUGCAGCCGACAACGCGGCCGCCGCCGGCACUUGCGGCGGCAGGUGCGCCCAGCAAGCCGAAGCCGGCGUCGUCUGCGGACGUCAAGACGCACGGCGGGCACGGCGGAGGGAAGGAGAACGGAAGCUCCAACUUCAACCCCGACAAGUACAAGCGGUGGAAGGCCGGCCAGUGCUCCAAAGGCGACAUGUGCUGGUUCAGGCACGGAGCACAGGACACGGCGACCGAGGCGCCGUCCUUCGUUCUGAUGAUGCAUGUCGAGGAGGGGCUGUCAAAGCCCCCUCUCAUCCGCAAGGGUGCCGCUACCCGCUCCGACCCCGCGUACAGCGAGUGCCACCUGUGCGUCGGGCCCGCCUCAAACGACUGCGCGGUCGAUUCUGGUGAGUCGAAGUCAACGGACAGCCCGGCCAGCCCCCGCAGCCCGGUGACCGUGAUGGAGCUCAGCCUCGAGCCGCCGCAGUUCCAGCCCGACCGAGGCCUCGUCCUCGACGCAGCGCCCCUCGCUUUCCCUCCCGAGCCACUUCGUGCGACCCCAAGCGCAUGGGCGUGGGGUGGCUCGCCCUACUUUGUCUUUCAGCCCUCACCGCCGCCGACGUCGUCGCCUCCACAGGACCUCCCCUGGCCCUGGCAGUGGUUCAGCGGCGGCGCAAAGGCGGCGCCUCCGAUCUGGGCGCUCCUGGCCGUCUCCGAGCUCCCUCCGGUGGCGUCAAUGUCGAUCCCACUCUCGCUAAUGGCGACACCGACCGACGGCGCAUCCGCAUGCUAA